AUGUCCUGGAAUCCUGCUCAUAUCCAAUGGGAAUUAGGCCAAGUAUUGGGCGAUCCUUUGCACCGUGAGCGGUGCAUAUGGGUAGGAUAUGACGGGAAUCACUGUCAAAACACCGUGCCGCUUGACUCCCGGAUAAAUGGAGUAUUGUGUUUUCAGCUGUCCCUGAACCCCCCUUUCGCGUAUCCAUCAGCGCAGGGAUUUUCAUCGGCUGCAAAGCAGUUAUUUUGCUUUGAGUGCAGGCGCCAUCGCUGUCGGCCAAAAGUGUGGGCCAGCCGAUUUUUAAAUUUGUUGGAUGUGCGCCCAGACCAAGCCAAAGAUGUCACGAUUUACUCGGAAUCUCAUGAUUCGGCUUUAUUGGUACAUCAAUGGCCAACCAGCAUGCCCUACAAUGUCGCCACUGCCGUGUUCCCCAAUGAGGCCGUCUCAGAAACCGAAAGGGACCGCCUGGCAAAGAAGCAAAACUAG